ACCAGCCCGCCUCCACACGCAAAACCAAUGAUGAAUUAAGAUUCGUUCUUGAUUUUUCUCAGUCUAAAACAAGUGUAUGUAAUUCAGGAGGAAAAAUCAAUGACAAUCAAGCAACUAGUAGUACAAUAAUAAAGUUAGAGGACACGCCAUCAAAGCAACAUAUGCAUUAUAGAGUUCCAGAUCUUGUUCUGAUAUGCAGUAAAUAAAGGACUACUGUCACGGAAGAUUUAGCAUUCUAGACCAAACAUGUAGUCACAAAUAAGGUCUUCAUUAGACCAAAUAUCAAGUUGGUUUGUAGGUCUCUCUCUCUCUCUUAUAGAGAAACUACGACUACUAACUACACCCCAAAUAAUAAGGACGAGGUGUCUGUCUCUCUUGUAGAGAAACCACAACUAGCAAAUAGUAGGUCUGUGUUGUAGACGAGAAUUUCUCUCUAAUCGGAGGUCCCGCAAAAAGGGAAAGGUAAAAGUGCACAAGCCAGAGCUGUUUUUACUCCGACCACCCCUCGCACGCCAAGAGCCAAAGUCUAUACGCAGAGAAUCUACGAUGACUUCUUAUGGCCGCGGCUCCUGAGAUGUUCCUUUCGUGCUGUUGAGAGAACAUAGUAAGCAUAGCUGUCUUACGGUUAUUUAGAAGGACUUCUAACUCCGAAUUACGAUGAGACGUAUCCAGAGGAUUACGGGCAGUUUGACAUCUACGGCCGAGCACCAGCAGUGCAGUAUGAUCACAAGAAUAAGCGCCCACCGGGUCGUGGCUAUCCCGAAGGACCAGCGGAGAAAUACUACAUGAUUGGUCCCGAUGAGACCUACAUUAUGGCCCACGACUACAUUUAUACAUUUGAUAUCCUGCACAGGAGGAGGAGUUGACGACACGCAUUCUGGUUCUGCACUUGUUGCAUGCUUGAUUCCAGUCACCUGCAUAGGCACGUUGGUGACACGCCUCAUGUCUAUUUUUCUCAUUUCUCUCAGAGGUGAAGAGGUUGGUGCCUUUGGGAGAAGCUGUCAGUGUGAAUAAGAGGAAGAUGAACCGAAGAACUGAACGAUAGAACUAAGAUUGGUUAACUAAGUAAGUCCUUUGCUGUCUGUGUCUUGACUCCGGUCAUGAUCACACUCAGAGUUGAGCAUGUUAAUUGAUUAUUUGAAACGGGAGAACGCACCUACUCUAACUACACCUACGAACCAGACGUGUAUGGUCCUUCCUACGAUAUUUCGCCAAGCUCCGAUGUUAUGGCAGGCUUUGUAAUAUAUAAGAUGGUCAAAGCACUAAAUAAAACAACCGGUUAGUUUUUACCUCUAGAGAUCUAGCCCUUUCAACAAUAUAUAAGAUGGCUUUAUAAUUAAUACCGCCCACGUGCCCCCGGCGUGUACACACGCCGGGGCAGGGCGGAAGGGUCUGGCAAAUGCUACGAGUUACAUAAAAUCCAUACGGCCUACCGGCGUGCUACGAAUUACGUAAAGAGUUGCGGGCUAUGGAAUAAGCAAAGCAGCUCCGCGCUACAAGCUACUACGUGCUACAUAAACCCCCACCCUGGCAGCACCCGAAACGCCCAAAAGGAACUACUUCGAACGAAUGAGGCAAACGGGUAACCAAAUACAUACGCCGAGAGUCAAAUCCUUGAGCAGAUCACUCCAGGCCUGCUGUUUUCGGUUCUCAGCGUAGUGGCUGGGCGAAGCACUGCAGUCGACUCCGCUCACCGUGAGAACCUCACGCGCCCCCUGGCCCGGGUUUUGGGCGUGGGUCCCCUACUCUUGGAGUGUGUUGCGUCUCCGGCUGGCAUGGCAGUGUCACGAGGGGGGCCCCAGGCUUGUCGCUUUCGGUUCUCCGCAUAGUGGGCGAAGCACUACGCCCGACUCCGCUCACCCUGAGAACGUCUACCGUGGAUCUUUUCCGUGGAGAGAACUAGGGGGCGGCCCCGUUCUACUCUCGGCCUGUUUGCGGGGUUUUACUCUUUGCGCCGUUUUGGGUUUUCCAUCCAAAUCACGCAGCUUUAUGGUGUCGCGUUGCUGCCUACGUUUCAGCUGCUUCGCGUUUGCUCUCUGUGAGCCAUUUACCCUCCCAAGCUUACGGCGAGUUGCGCUCUAUCGCUUAGCUUCCCUAUCUGCUUCCGGCUUUCUCGAGAGGUGUGGGCAUGCGUCAUCUCAAGGUUUUGAUCUAAGUGAACAAGAACAACGCCACGUGAGCAGUGCUGUGCGGCUUUCAUGUGCUUGGGCGAUGCAAUCUGUGAGCCGCUUGAGCUUUCUGAUCAGAAAGCAGGCCCAAGCCUAUGGGCUUGCUGGUUACUUAUGGCUUACUCGAGAGGCCUUGUCCUUUGCGCCCAUUCUUUUCUGAUCCAAAAAGCGCAGCGCGAUGAAGUUGCUGCGUACUUGUGAGUUGUGAGCUGCUUAAGAGGUCCCACCCUUUGGCUCAGUUCAAGACCCUCACCCAAACGGCGCAACGCUGUGAAGCUGCUGGCCCUUUUGACUUGCUGGGAAGGUCUCACCCUCUGACCCAGCGCAGGCACCCUACCCAAAAGGCGCAGCUUUAUGAAGUUGCUGCCUACUUUUGAGUGACCUGCUUGAAAGGUCUCGGCUUUUGACUCUGCUCAAACCUCCCACCCGAAGAGCGCAGCUGUAUGAUUUUGCUCUCUACUUUUGACCUGCUUGAAAGAAAGGCCCCAGCCUUUCAGUCAGCUCACUCAGAGGUCUUCCACAAUCAAAAGGCGCAACUUUAUGAAAUUGCUCCCCACUUUUGACCUGCUGGAAAGGUCUCGCUCUUUGGCCCAGAUCUGGCCAGCUUGGUUAUUCAAGGCGCGCAGCUUUAUGGAAUUGCUGCCCACUUUUGACCUGCUUGAAAGGUCCCACCUUUUGACCAAGCUCGGGCAUCCUAUCCAAAAAGCGCAACGCCAUGGGGCUGCUGUCUGCUUUUGGCUUGGCUUGCUUGAGAGGUCCCGCCUUUUGCCUUUCUUUGCUCAGGCUCCUUGCUCAAAAAGCGCAAUCUACUUCAUGAAGCUGCUGCCUACUUUUGGCCUGCUCGUAAGGUCCCGCGCUUUCACUCGGUCAAGUCAGGCGCCUUACUCAAAGAGCGCAACUCUAGGAAAUUGCUGCCCACUUUUGACCUGCUUGAAAGGUCCCACGUUUUGACCCAGCUCAGGCCACUCAGGCAUCCUAUCCGAAGCGCGCAGCUUUAUGCGAUUGCUGUCGUCUACUUUUGGCUUGCUUGAAGGGUCCCACCUUAUCACUCUGCUCCAGCCUCUUAUGCAAAGCGCGUGGCUUUAUGCGUUUCCUGUCUAUUUUUGACCUGCUUGAAAGGUCCCACCCUUUGACCCAGCUCGGGCCCCUUAUCCAAAGAGCGCAACGCUAUGAAGUUGCUGCCUCCUUUUGAGCUGCUUGAAAGGUGUCGCCCUUUGACUUAGCUCAGACCUGUUAUCCAAAGAGCGCAGCUCUAUACCGUUGCUGUCUGCUUUUGAGCUGCUUGAAAGGUCUCACCCUUUGACGCCGCUCAGACUCCUUAUCCAAAAAGCACAACUCUAUGAGAUUGCUGUCUACUUUUGACCUGCUUGAAAGGUCUCACCCUUUGAGCCAGCUCAGACCUCUUAUCCAAAAAGCACAACUUGAUGAGAUUGCUGUCUACUUUUGAUCUGCUUGAAAGGUCCCACCCUUUGAGCCCGCUCAGACUCCUUAUCCUAAAAGCGCAAACUUAUGGGAUUGCUGUCCACUUUCGAGGUGCUUAAAAGGUCCCAGCCUUUUAGUUUGAGCCAGCUCAGACUUCUUAUCCAAAAGGCGCAGCUUUAUGAAGUUGCUGUCUACUUUUGACGUGCUUGAGCGGCCCCAUCCUUUGAGUCAGCUCAGACUUCUUAUCCAAAAGGCGCAGCUUUAUGAAGUUGCUGUCUACUUUUGACGUGCUUGAGCGGCCCCAUCCUUUGAGUCAGCUCGAAAUCCUUAUCCAAAGCGCGCAGCUUUAUGAAGUCGCUGUCUACUUUUGACCUGCUUGAAAGGUCUGACCCUUUGAGCCAGCUCAGGCGCCUGAUCCAAAAAGCACGCAGGUGCCAACUUGCUCAGCGUAUAGCUGCUGGGUGCUUGCCUCUGUUUGCAUUUCUUUGUUUGCAUGUGGGUCCUUUUUGUAGCACAUACGCAGACGCAGCGGAUUUUCUUCAUGAGAUGACUGGCCCCAGGCUGAGGCGCUUCGCUCUUCGUUUAUUUUUGUCCAUGCAGCGCAGUCCUUGGCCUGUGCUGUUGGUUCAGGGUUUUGAGGUACUGCCGAAAGCCUUAGCAGGAGCAGAAUCGCGGGAAAGUUGUACUCAAAAACGCGGCAUUUUUACGGCGCGAGAUGUAUACAUCUAGCCCGUACAUCUUUCCAAUGAUUUCCGUACAUCUCAAAAAAGUGGAAUUUUGGAAACCUACUAUGAAUCGCCCCGGUGUAUGUACAUCUCAAGAGUACAUCUUUCCCGUGAUUUACGUAUAAGAUAUAUAUCUCGAGAUAUAUAUCUCAGACGUAUACAUCUCACCCGUACAUCUUUGCCAUGAUUUGCGUACAUCUCAAGCCGUAAGCUCACUCCUGUUUAGCAUUCAAAGUAAGUUUUGGUUUAUAAUAUAGAUAAUUAUAGUAUAUGUAAAAAUCUCUAAAUCAUGAAAUCUUUAUUUUGAGUGCAGCUUGAGAUGAGGGACAAUAUAUACAUCCGAAGCACAGCACAUGAAUCAAGAUCUUAGGCAGGAUUGAUGGUUCUACUUGUCUACUUCUAAGAAUAGAAGCCGGCGGGACCGGGAACCGAAGCCGGACCACAUGCUCCUAGAGGAUGACGCCAACUGCACUUUUACUCCUGACUUAUGGCUUCGAACAAACUUCUAUUAAGUUGUCCUUAUCGUGAAAAAGAAUGUGGGACUCCUCUGUUGAUUCGAAUUUGUUUGUUGCCAUUCGCCUGCACUCGAUUACAAAAUAAAUUGAUAACCGGUCACUAAUACCCCCACCCUGUACUAGCAGGUUUUGUUCUUGUCCCUUGAUCGAACAGACUUUGCAUUAGCAGUAGACCAUACUUCUUGCAUUAGCAGUAGACUAUACUUCUAUCUGCUGUUGCCUACACUAUGAUACUUCAAAUCCACACGAUAUUUUGUACAACACUAGGUGGUAGUUGGGUACUGCGUCACCAUGGUGAAGAUCACAACUAAGCAUAAUCUGUAUGUGGACAUAAUUAUCAUGAAUCAUCAUGAAGUAGACGCUUUUUCGGCGUUUUCAUAGUCGUGAACGCUCACCUCCUCGAGGCGAGCCAAUCCCUACCCUACCCUAUCACCAUCAACAAGUUGUCUAAGCUACAUCGCAAGCAGUAAAAACCCGAAGUACCGGUUACCUAGCUUCGAGGAUCGACAAUCUGCUUACGCAGCACGUAGUGCAGAGAAGAAAAGACGCCUCAAGGAAAAACGAAACGACACCGAUCCUGGGGGAAGUACUAAUACCACCUUAGGUUUAUGCAUUGAGGAAGUACUUCUUAAAUACCACCUUAAUAGGUUUAUGUCCUUCUCAGUAUUUGUUUUUAUAAUCUCGUACGAUUCUGAUUUGCUGCACCUACAGGGGUUGUCUAUUACAUGCUCAGAGUCCAACGUUUACGUUGCCUAACCUCUUUCCUUCUGCAGAAGAAGUUCCCUGUUGGAGGUCGUGUCCAAGCACUCGAGGUCCUCUUUGCUCUAGUGUUUAUGAUCAUUACACGGAAGUAAGCCAUCGCAUAGUUGUACACCCCUUACUACCAAAUUUAGAUUUGCGGCGUAACCAAAGUUUUAGUCGUCCUGGCAAAGGACCUGUGGGACGCAGCGGAGGAGCAAACCUGUCAGAUGCGCAAGCUUUGGGCAGGUCUAUGCAUGAUAGUCAGGUUGCUCAUAAAGCCGAAGUCCUAGAAUACGUCAAAAAAAAGCAUGGCCUAACAGCAAACAAUGUUAUGACCAUGUUGAAUGAUGACCACGAAUUAAGUCUAAGUAAUAAAUGUGGUAUCAAUACUUCACAGCCUCUAUUUUGAAGCAGUUGUCACAAAUGUUCAGAGACAUACAUACAGUGAGGAUCCCAGCUACCCAUACAACCAACAACAACAAGUAGAUUAGCAUCCACAGCUCCUCAGCUCCUCAGCAGCCGCUAAAGUCUGCCACAUCGGAUGGUAGGCCCCAACCUAACCUAACCUAACCUAACCUAGCCUGUCACUAACAUACUUAUAUAUAAGCACACUAUAUGUCUUCAACGUAAAGAAACGAAGUGUGUUCUAAUCUCGAAGCAAUAGCGGAUGCUAAGGCUUGUACGUUUAAGCCGGAUCUGGGGAGAAGUCGGAAGAGUCUAGAACAGGUGCGUUCAACUUUCAUGGGGGAUCCUCCUGAAGCCGGACGUGAUCUCGUAGAAGAAAUAAAGGAACAUGGACGAAGGUAUAUUUAAGUCUUACUUUGAAUAACGAACUUUUUGUGAUCGAGCUGGUUAUGCUGAAGAUAAAAGAGUUAGGAGUUACUCGUCAAAGGAAAAGACUCUUUCACCAGUAGUGAAUGUGGCGUAAUGGCAAAUAGAGAUAUUAAGGGUUUAGAUUACGAGCACCAAUUUUUUCGAUCUCGAUUUUUUUCAACCACUAUGUGUAGCUGUCCCACUCAACUACAGGCAUGCCGGACGUAGGGAAAAGGGAAAGACACCAGCCGAGGAGGAGGUCACUUUUCACCCACGUGUGAAUCCGUUAAAGGCAGACAUGGAGUAUGCGAGAUCGUAUCUAGAGUUAUGAUUCAGGAGUUUUCUACUAGUAAUAAGAGGAGAGCUGUACUACAACAAUCAACAUCAACAAGCUUGAUCCGGUCAUUUAUUGGAACCCUUCUAACUCCAUCCGAUGUCUUCACCCGAUUGACGGAGGGCAUUUUGUACCGACAGGAACGAAUGGCUUCAGACGCUGCCAUGAUCCAGCAAAUUCGUGCUGACAACGACGAUAACGAGGCAUCGAAGUUUGCGGAUAUAAUAGGUCUUUAAUUUCUGGUGGACGUAAAAAUAGGUCUUUGAUUUCUUCUGGAUCUAAUAGGUGCUUAAUUUAUUAUCGUGGAUAUAAAAAAAAUAGGUCUUCUAGUUUCUACUUGGUUGGUUCGGAGGUACUAGGGUCAGCUUCCCUUGGCGUUUCGGAUAUUUUUUUGCUUAGACCCUAACCACAAAUAACUAAAAAAAACAAGCUAAAGGCGUAGGACCUCCUACCUCGUCCUAAAAAAACCUCCACAAAACAGAAGCAAGGCACGGACCCAGGGAAGAGGAAGGACCCAAUUGGUGGCGCAUCCAAAGGUUUCUGUGGCAUCAAAAUUUGUGCGAAGAAAGGAGGAACCUCAACAGAGAGGAUAUUCAGAGGAAAAUGUACUAGGAUUUUUGAUGUUUGUUAGAAUAAUUGGAACCAGAAAUAAGCUUGAUGUAGAAGUACACAACUCAUUUUCAAAUCCAUGAUGUGAGAACGAUUCUACUGGAGAUGACUGCAUUAGUUACUGGCAAUGCUAUUCCUUUUCCAUUUUAUAGUUGAUCGCAGUUACUGGCAAUGCUAUUCCUUUUCCAUUUUAUAGUUGAUCGCAGAAAUCUAGACAUCUCGUCAUUAUAUUUUUCUUAUUGGUUCUAUCUUUAUUCGUAUACAAAUAUUUCUAUUAGACUGGAUUCAACACCUGUUGAUCGAUACACAAUCACAGCGGCGGUGAUAUCGACCCGACGCCGUAUUUGAGUAACGAGAGCCGCAAGCUGGCGGAUAAAAUGUUAAGGUGCAAGCUGGGGGAUAAAAUGCUUGGUGCUUUUUCGUAACGAUACUAGACCCUGUAACUACUACUUUUACUACAAUCUCGUAAAUUACACUCUCUACUUCUACUACUUCAUCUUUCCAAGUUAGGGGUCUACCACAUCUUUCUUUCUUAGUUAGGCGGGCUCUACCACAGUAUCGAUUCAGUUUUUUUCAGUGUAACACCUCUUCUUCUAACACGGAUGAAGGAGGGCCGUCUCCAUGACGGGGUACCCAUAGAAUAUGCGGGAAGAGGAUCUGCGGCAACAGCACAGAAAAUGGAGGCCCUCGAAAAACAUCUCUACAGAGAAUGCAACUUCAGGCCUUACAUCAGCAACCAGUACUAUGACUACAGAUUAUUUAUAGUGCAGCAGCUACGGAGACUCGAUGGAAGUCCACAUUACAUCUUUACUCCAUAGAAAUACUGACUUUGAAAAGUCCUGGGUAUGAAUCUCAUUAUAGUGAAAAAUGAAUGACUAGGUAGUAGAAGACUUACUCUUUCAUACACUCCACCACGACCUCCAUCUUUUCGUGAAAAAUGAACACACCACCUCAUCAUAUGAUAUGUAACGACCAUAGAUACCUUCUUUUAUCUCUGUGAACGGUUUCACCGCCUCAUCAUGUAACGACACGUGACACAUAACACGACAUGACAAUAACUUCUGCUUCAUCUACGUCAAAAAAAGUGGACGGCGAGUCAACUCCUAUAUCCCAUCCUACUACAGGGCCCGCAAGUGCCAACGUAGUUUUGCGGAUUUAUAUAAUGAAGCAGAGAUCCGUAGACGGCGUGCGAUUGCGAGAGACUCGAUCAGCGCGCGAAAACUGGAUAAGGAGUGCACCUUCCAGCCGAAGAUCAGUGACUUUGCUUAAGGCUUUUUACACCAGGAAACACCCUAGUACUUUCUUCGUGAAAUAUUUCACUACUGUAAUAGUUCAAUACCAAAGUUGUAGACCAUAAUAAUUGAUUGUGCCCGAGGUGGUCAUAACUACAUCUCCUGAAGAUAGGAGGAAGAUCCUGUAAUCCAUCUUCAGAAGCAUCCUGCGGUCCCCUACAUCUUCAGAGAAGUCAUCCUAAAAGGCAAACAGGAUACAGCGAGUACAUCUUCCGAACAAGGAAGCAUCUCGAGCUGAGCUCCUCUCUCAUGAGAAAAAAGUAGCCUCAUGAAAAAAUAGCUCCGUGAUCUUCAGACACUCCGCGAAUCCUAUUAGGGUCGUGAGCUCUUCUAACUUGCGAAUACGCGAAAGAGCAAACUGAACACACGAGGACAUCUGGGAGAUUACUUUUAUGGCACUUGAAAAAAUGUAGAAAACUAGAUAUUUUUUCAUUGAAAUAGGUCGCUUAUCCUUCUGUUAUCCUUUUCAUAUCUCUUCUUGCAAUAGGUCUUCUAGUCUUCUACAAUGUUGUUUGUAUCUUUUUGUAACUCUGUCCGCCUUGAAAUACUUAGGUCUUGUUUUCAUGUACAGUAUCUAAGUAGUGUAUAAUCCCCUAGGUAUCUUCCUGUCAUUUAUCAUAGUUCCAGUGCUGUCUAUAGUCUAUAUCCUAGUUCUAGUACUGUCUCUCUGCUAGUUCUAACCUCAAGCCCAACUUGCCAAGAGAGAGGAAAUGUUGAAGAAGAGGCGCGAGCGAGACGAUGCCAAACAGGAAGAGCUCUUCAAAAAAGUACAUACUUUUCAACCGAAUCUGCUAAGCAAGCCUGGAACAAUGCCUGCUGUAUUUAAGACUGAUACCGUAUUAGUAAUUCAUCGUAAGUAGGACGAAGCAUCUUUGAUCCGAUUCAAUUUUAAAAGGAAAAAAUACAUUACUUAUGAAGAUGCUGAACAAACUUACUACUUCAGAAGAUGCUCGUACCCCAUGAAGAUGAAUUACUAUGGAGAGGUCAUCUAAUGUUCGUGCACGCGCUCUGAGCACAUUCAGACAGUAUAACGCGAUACAGGAUGAGAAACAGAGGGAGAAAGAGGCGGCGGAUAAGGAAAUAGCAGAGUAUCAAAGGAAGCAAUUCCUCAUGGCUCGGGGGGUUAUUCCUAACGAGCUGCGCGUGCAAGGUAAACUUUAAAAUUUCUUUCGAUAAUGUUAGCCAAUGAAGCUUGCUAGUUUUUCUGGCGGGCCCCCACCUAACCUAACCUAACCUAACCUAACCGAAGAACUUUUACUUCAUUCAAGUUCGACAUUCCAAUGCUCGGUUGUGCUGCAAAUCUUGAUUGGAUUUUGCCCGUAAAAUGGCGAAAGUUUAGGUCCAGCGACGCUCAAAGCACUUACAUAAACAGCCGGCUGGUUUUCCUCUUUCUACUCGUAGGCUAUGCAUCCUUUCUUGCAAGAACAUUCCAAUGCUACUUUCACAUUUUGUUAUACUACAAAAAUAUUUACUUAUCCAUAUAAAUAUGCUUAUCACCGCUCCAACUUGAAACAGAACGCGGUUCCCAUUCUCAGUCGCCUCUGGGGCAGAGGAUGGAUAAGGGUCGUAGUCCAGAGCAUAUGGCAGCUCUGCGUGAAGACCGGCAUCUGGGUGAAACCGAAGCCAAGCUCGCGGCGAAGAAAACUUGGGUUCCUUAUGGCUAGUACCGCAGUUCUUGCGACCUUCACAUCAUCACAAUAUCCAUGUACCUGUUUUCCUACCACAACGUUGCACUUGCAUCAUUCUUGGCUGCUAGUACCACACUUGCAUUAUUCUGUCAGGAUCAUUCUUGGCUGCUAGUAUCCCACUUGCAUCAUUCUGUGAGGAUCAUCCAUGGUCCUCGUUAUUUCUACUUGGAAAAGAAGCCAGGGUGGAUGUAUCUUCAAGAGAAUAUUAUCAUCCCUAAUUCCUUAACAACAGUCUACGCAGAUGCAGAUAAUGUUGGUGAUUAUUCCACGUAGAUGAAGAAGAUAAUGCCAAGUGGGAGUAUCACCAGGGGUUAGGGAUACGUCCAGGGAUACCAGUGUGAGCUAAAGAGUACUUAGAUCGGUCGCUCUCUCUAACUCUCUCAUCGUGGUUGGAUGACGCCAAGGUCCAAGGCGCGCUAUGAGCUCGAGACGUCGCGUAAUCCCACAAAGGUGGCUGCGGCGAGAAAAGUUUUAGCUGAAACAGUAGCGGCACAUGGCAUGAAACCUGAUGAUUAAGGCUAGUUGUGCGGAGAAUAAGAUGAUGAAUUUUUCGUACAGGAUAAGAUGACGAAUCACGCACUUCCAUCUUAUUCUUCCAUCCAGGAAGAAUAAGGUGAAUGCAUUGAUCAGAUCCCCAAAACAACAUACAUAUGUAUUUUUCGUAGAGAGAUAGUUUUUCUACAGGAAGGAACACAAAACCCCCCUUACUACAAUACUACAAGUAAGGCAUGAUCAUGUUCUUUUUGCAGGAAGAUAGCUUCUACUUCGUCUAACGUUCACACGCGCGAUUCUUAGCGAAUUCGGCGUCACCACCGAGAGCACGUUUGCGCGGCCUGAGGACGCGAGACCAGAUCGUGAACGCAGCCAGGGGUCGAAGGCGGAUGUUGUCGCCAGAACAACAAUUGUCCUUUGACAGAACACAUCGCAGUGUCAAGUUAUGAAAGGAUAUUUGAUUAGAUGAGUCCUCGUUUUCAGACGAGAGACAAAUCGUUCUGUGUGAAGACAAGUUUAAGUAGUCCGAGCAUAGAAUAAGUCGUAUUCCUUCUACUGAAGGAGUUGUUUAUUACAUAAUCAUUCCUAUUCCUAUUUCUUCUACAGAAGAAGACGUGCACAACCUGAACGUGUAUUUGCUCAACUCUUCUAAUAAAGACAGUAAGGGUAGCCAGCGAUUCCAUCCGCGCAGCGCCAGAUAGCGUAGCCUCUAUGGCGGAGGAGCCAGUUCCAGAUUUUGCCGUGAUGAAGGAGAAACAAGAACUACGAAAGCAGAGGGUUGAAAAUUAUGCUGAAGCGCAAGAACUAGUACUGCUUAGCUUCAAACGUACUAUCCCCAACAUUUUCAAGGAUAUCACAAGAUCAAAUACACCUGGGGUUACAACUUUAAUCUAGUAUAAAAUAACUAGUACUAGUACAACUCCGUCUAGUACUUGUUGACGUCAAGACUUGAUUGAUGAUCUUCUAUCUAAGGCUGACAAGGUUAUUGAGGUUGGAGAGUUAUCGGAGUAGAGUCUUCUAGUACGGCGUCAAUAAUAUGUUUUUUCUAGGUAGUGUACUCUAUGAUGAAUACGACUAGGUAGUGUGCUGGGUGGCUGCAUAUUAGUGUGCAUGAAAGAGUCGGCUCUUCAGCAGCCUUCCAUGUCUGCUAGGAAAUCUAGUAGGCCAAAAGCUAACCUAACCUCUAAGCCAAAGUGAAGAAGAAGAUGAGCAUGAAUAUUAGCAAAUUCUUGCGGUCUAGCAGUCAGUGGUCGGGCAAAGAGGAUGAGAGCGUUGAUGAGCCAAGUGCUCGGUCUGCAGGAGACUCACGAAUGACGGAGGCUCAUUUGGUUGAAAAUAAUGAUGUCAAGAUUAAGGCGUAAUCAUAAAUGAUACCUCUUAUCCUUUGUAGUUUUCAGGCCAAACUCUUUGACGUGAUCAACACUAAAACUAAUGGUUGUUCCUUUGUAGUUUUAAGGCUUGUAGUAGAAGCGAAAAACCAACUCGUCCCUGUGCCAGAAAUGAUAAUUUGUCCCUUGUUUGAUUUCAUAGUGUACCUACUAGGGCUUCUUCUGGUGGUAAUCUUCACUCCUGCAUUUUUUUGGUUUACGAGAUAAGCAAUAAGAGAUACGUUGAAGAAGUGGAUAAUGAUGGUGUGGCUUCUGAAGCAACGAUGGAUCCAUGUGCGUCUCUCUCUCUGGUUCAUAUCUUCCCCCUCCCACCUGGAAUAAUUGUUCAAGAAGUGAUGUUGAGAAUGAAUGAAUGAAUGAAUGAAUGAAGAACUUAAAAGCAGAACUUCAAAUUCAACAACAGGAGGUGAAUUUACGGUCUUGUGUCCUCGAGGACCUCUAAGAUCUCCUCUAAUAUUAUGGCUUCCCCUAAUGAUCCAUCUUCUGAAGCAUCUUAGACCUGUCGCCCCAUAAGGGGAAAAUAGGUCUAAGAUGAAUCCCGAGAUGGAUCAGCAGGGUCGUGAGCUCUAAUAAUAGAAGCAAUACCGCUAGCAGGGCUGGUGGGGCGACUCAACUGACGACCUAUCCUACUCUGGGACUCCUUGCGCAAGCGGACGCGGUCGUAAAAACUUCCGAAAACAAGCCGAGGACGAGUACUUUUAUGAGCGACUUACUGUACAUGAGGCUUCUGUGCAUGACAAGAAAAGCAUUAACAUCAACAAGCUUGAUUCGAUUAUUACCUGCGAAAGUUUUCUAUUUUACUCUCUUUUAGUUCUUUACAAGAAAUUUGAAUCGUUGUUCGUCCAGGAUUAUCGCGCCAGCUUCUUCUGAUUUCCUUGUCCCACACUGACUCGAUUGCUCAGAUGUUCGUAGUCCCUAUUGAUCCACGCAGUACUACUGUCGAUUCACUCUUUCUUGGCGGAGGUGGUAUUUUUUAUAUAAAAUAUGUGCUGCGUCGUCUUCUAAGCAUACAGCGCACAGAGUCUACGAUGGCUCGAACGGAGCGGAUGCGGAUGGCGAUUUUAUCGGACGCGACGAUGGCUCGAACAAUAACAACAGCGCCAAUGACGUGGACACUAGUGGGGGGAUGAACAAGCCAAGGGGAACAGAAGGAGGAAGCAGAAAAGAGCCGAGCAGGGUUUUAAGGCUUUUUUCCACAUAAUAAAGAGACUAUGUGGUCCGUCUUUGUUUGUUUGUAUUGUAUUGAUGCUCUCCGGGCAGCGCGUAUGAUCUCGCCGGAUUCCUUUGUUCUUCGUGUGUGUUGUGCUAUGGUCGCCGUUGCGACUAUGGUGCGUCUAGCCUUCCUGGUCGCGCGUUGCCUUUUCGUCGCUGUUUCUUGUUUGCAUAUUAGUAAAAGCUUGAGACUCAUUUGGAUGCGUAGCAUCAAUCAUGCUUCGAGAGCAAGAAGGUCAUCCUGAUGAGAAGCAUCCUGAAAUUUUCAUGAGACCGUUUCUAUCAUCUCUCAUUGUGUUUGAUUGCUACUAGUACACUACUAGUCUACACUACUGCCACACUACUAACCUACGGCUCUCUUACGUUUUUUAGAUAUAAGAAUUGCAGAUCGAUGUGAUAAUUUUUAGCAAACAAUUCUUCCUCUAAGGAUUGCAGGAGGGGAAAACCGAGAACGGUCAGAGGUAGACUUCCUCUACUAUCCAGAGCCGAGAGUUUUGAGUGGUGCUGCGAUAAACUCGAGGACAACGGCAUUGUCCAUGUUAAGGCUGCUCACAUAAUUGCUUGAUUGUUCCUACUCUCUGGUCUCCCUUGGCGUGCUUUAUUGUAAUUCCUAUCUUAUCUGCUCUAGUCCAGUAUGCUAUCCCAUUCCCGGUAUCCUAUGCUAUCGUAUUCUAUCCUAUCCUGACCUCUCGCAGUGUGCUAUCCUCUUCCCAGCAUGCUACCCCAUUCUGUUAGCUUGCGAUGUAUGAUACGGUGAACUUUUGUCAACAAGAAGAGAACAUGAUGGAUUACAUCACAGAUCAUGGAACGUCCAUGAUGAGCUUCAUUGAAGUUAUGGCGUACUCUUCCUCAUCUAAUAUUAACAAGUAAUAAGGCAUACAAAGGAACAACGAGGAGUGAGGAACCAACGCCGAAUGCCUCUUUCAGUGAAGCAGGUCGUAAAAAGCGCAUGUCACACACCGAGACGCUGAACACCACAGCUGGAGGUGCAGUGACGACUACCUCGUCUUCAAGCUCUAGUAGCAGAGAACAUUCGAAAUCACUAGUAGUUGAUGUUGCCAUGGAGGGAAGUAUAGAAGGAGAUUCAGGACCAGGUUCAGGAGAAGUCGAAGAGAGUAACGCAGCUAAGGUCGUGCCAAAAUUGAACUUGUCAUCAGUAGAAGUCGAAGAGAGUAACGCAGCUAAGGUCGUGCCAAAAUUGAACUUGUCAUCAGGUUCGACUAAAAAGACAGUAG